AGACGUGGUUUUAUCGCAGUCGAAGGAACUUGGAGAUUGGGGAAGAUUAAAAUGGGAUCUGAGUUUGUGUAACCUGCUCGGCUGGUUACUGGUGUUUAUAGUUUUAAACAGAGGUUGUAUAUGUAAUGUCGACGUUACCCUACAUUUUACUGACCAUACUGUUGAUCCGUGGUGUUAUGUUGGACGGUGCUCUUGAAGGAAUCAAGUUUUAUCUUACUCCAGAUGUGUCCAGAUUAACAGAUGCUAAGGUUUGGGGUGAUGCAGCUGUUCAGAUACUAUACACCCUGGGAAUAUCAUCUGGUAGUUUGAUUGCUAUGUCCAGCUACAAUAAGUUCUCAAAUAACGUCAUUAGAGAUGCCAUUCUGGUACCGAUUAUAAAUUGUGCGACAAGUUUCUAUGCUGGAUUUGUGGUCUUCUCGGUACUAGGCUAUAUGUCUCACGUGCAGGGAAUACCAAUAGCUAACGUAACAGAAGGAGGUCCGGGUUUAGCUUUCAUUGUCUAUCCUGAAGCAGUGAGUAAAAUGCCGAUAUCACCAUUAUGGGCGAUUCUCUUCUUUCUUAUGUUGUGUAUGCUGGGAUUCAGCAGUCAGUUCUCUAUUGCUGAAACAGCAAUGACUGGAUUAAUAGAUGAAUUCCCUCAUCAGUUAUCCACUGGCAGACGUAGAAUUAUUUUCCGGGCUCUGAUUUGUAUCGCGGGUUUUUUAUUAGGUUUGCCCAUGUUGACACAGGGCGGCACCCAUUUGUUAAACCUGGUGGACUCAUACAUUCUGGGCUACCCCACCUUGAUCCUAGCUUUACUAGAGCUUGUCGUUAUCUGUUGGGUGUAUGGUUACAAGGUGUUUGCUGAAGAUAUCAAGGCUAUGAUUGGUAAAAAGCCGUCGAUAUAUUUUAUUGUCACGUGGGUUGGUGUUGCUCCUGCUGUUAUCGUGGCUGUGAUAGGGUUUAAAGCCUAUCAGUACGUGCCCUUGACACACCAAGGUCAACCUCAAUGGGCAGAAUCUCUGGGCUGGUUAAUAUGUCUGGGGACAAUCUCUAUUGUACCGUUAUGGUUUGCCUACUACGUCAUGAAGAGUGGACUAAUGAAGCCUACGUCAGAUUGGUUUGCUAGACGAAGUCUGGGUAAUCCUGACUAUAGACCGGAAACCCCAGACGAUAAUGUCAAGACUCCGGUGAUUAUAAAUGAAGAAAAUGGAAAUCAAAAUGCUGAAUUCAGACCAUAUAUUUCUGAAUUGUAAAGAUGUCGUACAAAUGAAAUAUAGGACCAUUGAUUAAUAAACAUACAUUAUGCAAGAGCUAAAUCUGUCUAUUGCAGGUCUUUCUUCAGGCCUGAAAGGUUUUGUAAAUUAUUAAUUAGGCAUUAAUUAACUUAUCCAGACCAUAAUCAACUCUUGAUGUCAAACUAAUCAAAGCCUAAUCACAAAAUAGUCCUCUAAUUAUUCAAUAUGGCGGCGCCCAUGAAACAUAAUUUUACAGAGUCGGUUUUGUUUGCGAAAACAAAUUUAGGAGUAUCUAACCUUGUUUUGAAAGAUAAACAGAUUGAAACUCUAAAGACAGUUUACAAUAGUAAAGAAUUUAUUGCAAUAUUACCCAUAGCACAUAUUAUAUAUCGCUUUUACGGGAGUGUCAGCGACAUGGCGUGUUUACAUAAAACACACGUGCGUGGUUUAUUUUUACUCUGUUGUCUAAACAAAUCGGUGUUUAGUCGAUAAGUCCCGCCCCAAAAUGGUCACGUGGGCGUUUUAAAUGGCGGCUAAUUGGGACAGUGUCACAUUCUGGGAAGUAUGACGUAGAUGGGUCGCUGCGUGCAGUAUGGGGUUCAAUCCUGGCACGUGUUACACUAUACAGACACCCAGGGGGACCACGACAUCUCAGAGAUUUAAAAAUAUAAGGGGUUCACUAGCCAGGGGGUCCCAGGUUCAAUCCUGGUGUUGGCAGAGAAAGUAACGCGGAAUUGUCUCCAGUGGUAAAGUAUGGAGUACCUGGCAUAGUACAGCGUCUAAUAGCUCGGACUGGUCGAAACAUCGAGUUCCCGUGUAGGUAGAAAGCCCCCCCCCCCCGCCAUCACCCCACCAGAAGUUAUCCCACAGUCCAUUUUCUUUUUGUUGAGCCAAUGUUUGAUUUGAUUUUGUCUUUCGCUAUCCAGUUAACGACUUUUAGUGAACGACAGCAUCGACUGCACUAGCAGCUGGACACGACGUCAUCACAUGGAGUUAGGAGAGAUGGAGUUCAACGCUAACUCGAUACAAACAAGGUCAUUUCAAUUUUAUUUCAAUAUUUCGCUUGCGCGUAGGGGUCUUUAGCAGUGGCCCAGUGGGAGGAACCCGGAGGACCCGGAGAAAACCCACGAGGUUGGACAGGCGACCCUACUCCUUGUCACGUACAAGCGUGGAAUCGAAACCACGCCACUUGACUCAAAGACAGACCUUUUGAUUCAAUACGCCAUCGUUAACCAUUAGGCCAUCCAACCCCCGUAUGGAGUUAGGACUUUAGCCAGUGUUUGCGGGUAACGUGGUAACGAGUAUUACUGAGUGACUUCUGUGGUAAGGUGAUAAUAUAUGUCGUGUAUUAGUUGUGUCAAUACAUGAGUCGACGUUUAACUGUGUAAAUAUAAUAGUAAAAUUCUCAGUCCUCACACACACAUACAGUAAUAUACUCACCUUUAUAGACCUCAUGUUAUCUACUACACUAUAGUUUUAUCUCUAUCAACUUAAAGGGACAUGUCACCGAUGCCACUCAAUACAUCCCUUCUUUUACCCACCUGGGUUAC